AUGGGGUUGUUUGCGCGCCGGGAUAUACCUGCAGGCACUCUGAUCCUGCGUGAGCCGAGUGCUGGGUGCCUCGCGCGGCCAACGGGCUAUUAUGAUGACAAAGUUCCCAUCUGCGCCAAUGCCGAUGUGGCCAUCCGACUGCUACAGGCGGCACCAGAACUAGCGGACCAGGCAUGGCGCCAACUCCAGCCGCGCCAACACGAGUUCAACGCCUCGGACCCCAUCCGCACGCUGCAUCAGGCCGACCUCGAGUUGUCGCUACGUUACAUGCGCGCCAAGCUCAAGGCGCAGCCUCCCGUGCAAUCCUCGGGCGAGCUUCAACGCCUGGUAGCCAUUUGCAUGUACAACUGUUUUCUCACAGAUCAUGAACGACAACCCGGGUUUGACGUGCUUGGUCUUUGGCCCCAGGCGGCGGCCAUCAACCACAGCUGUCGUCCCAACGCCACACAUUAUUUGGACGCGUCUGCCCCCAUGAAGCCGCGCGAGUCGGGUGCCGAUCUGCCCCCAGAGGGUGGCACUAUGAUCAUACGCAGUGUGUCUGAUAUCGCCCGGGGCGAGCCUAUCACUAUCAGCUAUGUCGAGCUGGGUGACCCUUGGCCUGUGCGCCAGGAGGCGCUGCGCACCGGAUAUGGGUUUGCCUGUACCUGUAUUCGCUGCACAGAAGAAGCGGCGCUUGAUUCGGAGCAAUCCCUGCCGGGAUCUAAGCCAAAGCUCGAGGUUGCUGCUCACGCGAAUGGGGUCUCGCUCGAGCAACUCGGGCGAGCGCUCGAAGCACCAGCAGAGCUCCAGGUGCGCUUGCUCAGUGCCCUGCACGCCAAGGCAGCUGAGGGUCCAGCGUCGCCGGGCGCACAGUGUGUCCGUUACCAACUGGCACUUCGACUAGGACAGAUUUUAGCACGGGGUACGCCUUCGGAACGUGCGACGGCUGUACAGCUGCUGUCCCAGGCAUGGGACCUUGGUGCCACUUUUAUGCCUCCUGGCUGGCCGGCGCAAUCUACGGUAGCCCGUUAUUUGGUGCGUCUCACGACCGAGUUGGGCUCUACCGCGGCCCACCACGCGUGGGUAACGCGCUUUGAAUCAUCUCGUGCGCUUUGCCGUGGUGGUCGUUGCACUCGAUGUGAGGCCUACGGGCUGUGUCCGGGACCGGCCAACGCGCUCUGUUUGGCUUGUCAACCAACUCCAAUUCAAACUCAUGAUUGA